ACCAACGGUUAGCCAAGGUGUUGUUUGGGGCUCAAAUCCUUCGGAAUCGAACCCAGUUGAGAUCAGACUGGUGAAUGGUUCAAGUCGCUGCAGUGGAAGGGUUGAAUUGUUCCAUAGUGGCCAAUGGGGUACUGUUUGUGAUGACAGCUGGAGCAUCGAAGAAGCCAGAGUUGUAUGCCGGCAGCUGGGUUGUGCAGGUGCAGUAUCAGCCCCACGGGAAGCAUACUUUGGAAGAGGAACCGAACGCAUCUGGCUAGAUGAACUCAGAUGCAUUGGGACAGAAUUAGCGCUCGCUGACUGCCCAGCAAGGCCUUGGGGACAAAAUGACUGCCAUCAUGGAGAAGAUGCUGGUGUUAUCUGCUCAGAACUGAGGCUGGCAGGUGGUUCUUCUCCCUGCAAGGGCAGAGUUGAGGUUCUCCAUAACCAACAAUGGGGAACAGUUUGCAAUAACAGCUGGGAUUUAGCUGACGCCAGCGUCGUGUGCCGGGAAGUGGGUUGUGGAGCGCCUUUAGCAGUACCAAUCGGAGCUACGUUUGGACGUGGGACUGGCCCCAUCUGGAUGGAUCAAGUGAACUGCACAGGGGAAGAAGACAGCCUAGCCAAAUGUCCACCAAAAAUGACAGGGACAAACACCUGUGACCACAGCAAGGAUGCUGGUGUAGCAUGUGCAGAACCGCCUGAGAUCAGGUUAUCAAAUGGCCACAAUCACUGCUCUGGGAGAGUUGAGGUAUUACAUGAAAAACUUUGGGGAACUAUAUGUGAUGACGAAUGGGACCUUGAUGAUGCCAAUGUUGUGUGUCGGUAUCUUGGUUGCGGAACUGCUCUCUCAGCCCCGAGAGGUUCUCGUUUUGGACAAGGAACUGGUCCCAUCUGGCUAGAUGGUGUUAACUGCACAGGAACAGAGAGUGCUGUCAGCAAAUGCAGUGCAAAGGCAUGGGGGGACCAUGACUGCACCCACACAGAAGAUGCUGGUGUUGUAUGCGCAGAACUCCGUCUAACAGAUGGCAGAAGUCGCUGCUCAGGGCGGGUCGAGAUCUUUCACAACCAACAGUGGGGGACCAUUUGUGAUACUGACUGGGAUAUCAAUGAUGCCAACGUCGUGUGCAGGGAACUAGAGUGUGGAAGCGCCUUACAUGCACGAAGUGGAGGGCAGUUUGGCCAUGCAUCUGGUACCAUCUGGUUAGACAGAGUUAAUUGUACAGGAAAAGAAAUGGCUCUGAAAGAAUGCCAGAAAGGUGCCUGGGGAGAACACAGCUGUGACCAUAGGAGGGACGCAGGUGUGGAGUGCUCAGACCCAAAUGAGGUCAAGUUGGUGAACGGUACAGGUCGCUGUGCCGGGAGAGUUGAGGUACUCCACAACCAGCAGUGGGGGACGGUGUGUGAUGACAGCUGGGAUCUGAACAGUGCCCAAGUUGUGUGCCGGGAACUUGGCUGCGGAGUAGCCCUAGCCGCCCCCAAAUCAGCACACUUUGGAAGAGGACUUGCUACUUCUCCUAUCUGGCUGGACGAUGUCAAAUGUAAGGGGACCGAAGCUGCCCUCAGGGACUGCCGCCUGAAAGCUUGGGGAGAGCAUAACUGCAACCACGGAGAAGAUGCUGGCGCUGUGUGCUCAGAACUCAGGCUGGUGAAUGGUUCAAGUCGCUGCUCAGGGAGGGUGGAGAUUUUCCAUGAACAGCAGUGGGGGACUGUAUGUGACGACCGCUGGGACCUUAAACAGGCUGCAGUCAUCUGCAGAGAACUGGGCUGUGGUGUUCCUUUAAGAGCUCGUACAAGAGCUUGGUUUGGACAGGGAACAGGGCCCAUCUGGCUGGAUGAUGUGAACUGUGCCGGCACAGAAACUGCCCUCAGUGACUGCCCAGCAAGCAGUUGGGGUGUCAAUAACUGCAAUCAUAGAGAAGAUGCUGGUGUUGAGUGUGCAGAUCCAGAGGAGCUGAAGCUGGUCAACGGCACACAUCGGUGUUCCGGAAGGGUGGAGGUGUUUCAUCUCCAGCAGUAUGGAACCGUGUGUGAUGACAGUUGGGACUUAAAUGAUGCCAUAGUUGUGUGCAGGGACCUUGACUGUGGAACAGCCAUAUCCGCCCCACGUGGUGCCCGGUUUGGACGAGGAUCUGAUCCCAUCUGGCUAGAUGAUGUAGAAUGCACAGGAACAGAAACAUCCAUCACUCAUUGCAAGGCCAAGCCUUGGGGCACUAAUGACUGUAAUCAUGGAGAAGAUGCUGGUGUUGUAUGUUCAGAUGAUGCCAGGUUGGUAAAUGGCUCCAAUCGCUGCAGUGGGAGAAUCGAGAUCCGCCCACCGCAUACCGAUCAGUGGGGAACUGUCUGUGACCGGACCUGGGAUCUACAUGAUGCUGAAGUUGUAUGCAAGCAGCUGGGCUGUGGCAAGGCUGCAGCAGCCCCGGGUGGAGCUCAUUUUGGGAAAGGAUUAGGACGCAUCUGGAUGGAUGAUGUUAAUUGUCAAGGCACAGAAGAUGCCCUUGCAGAAUGCAGAGCAAAUACCCAAGGGAGCAACAACUGUCAACAUGGACAAGAUGCAGGAGUUGUUUGUACAGAGUCAUCCACCAUCAAUGUGGGCAACAUCAGACUGGUAGGUGGUCUGCAUGCCUGCUCUGGAAGGGUCGAAGUGUUCUACCAGAAGCAGUGGGGAACUGUGUGUGAUGAUGGAUGGGGCUUGCCAGAUGCUAGUGUGGUAUGCAAGCAACUGGACUGUGGGUUUACAUUAAAAGCCCUACAUGGUGCACACUUUGGACGAGGAUCGGGCCCCAUCUUCCUGGAUGAUGUGAACUGCACAGGCUCUGAAGCAACCCUCAGAGACUGCAAUGGACGAAAUGUAGGAGAACAUGAUUGUGACCAUGCGGAGGAUGCUGGUGUGGUGUGCUCAGGAAACCUUGAGCUGCGAUUGGCCGAUGGCCCCCAUUCCUGCGCCGGAAGGGUGGAGAUGAACUAUAAUGGCUCCUGGGUCUCUAUUGGUGAUUCUGGCUGGGAUAUUAAAGAAGCUACUGUGGUAUGCCAGCAACUGGGUUGUGGUGCAGCUGAGGAAGCAACAGGGGGCAACAAGUUUGGCAUGGGUGUUGGCCCAGUCUUGCUGGAUGAAAUUAGAUGUACUGGAGCAGAGUCGACCCUCAUUAAAUGCCAAGGCAUGCCCCCAGAACCCCAUAAGUGCUCCUGCGGCACCUAUGCAGGGGUAGUGUGCAAGCGAGUGUCAGGCUCUUCUGUAGCUGCUGCGGUGAUUCUGACUCUGUUAGCUGUUGUCCUGAUUGUCUCUGGGGUUCUGUGUUACAUGCGGAAGAAGAGUGGGAAAACAGCUUGGGCACAGACUUUGACUGUUAAACGAGAUGCAUUUAUGAGAAACAUUGGAAACAUCGGAUCAGAAAUGGUAAAUGGCACUCGAGAGAUAUAUUCCCGGGGAGCAUCCCAAGCUGCAACUGAUACAGAGCUAGAUGGUGACACUAUCUGCCUGGUGAAAGCUACUAUUGACUCUCCGACAGACACCAGUGACAGAAACUAAAGAGGGGGCAGCUGGCUCAAAUGCUGGUGAGAGAAAAGUGCCUGCCAGGAAAUGGGGCUCUCUCUACCACUUACUGAAAGAGGGAAGCUGUAUCCAGUGUCACCAAAAAUUCUGUUGACACCGUCACUGUUCAAGGACUAGGUGUGUUUUGCUGAGAGCUCCAAGACCGGGUGGAUUGAUUUUAAUGUGAUUCUAAUGAGUUAUUUAAAAUCAUGAUCUGGGGGGGCGGGAUCACCAAAUUUAAAUCAUUCAUUAAAAUCAGGGUUUUCCCCUUUUCCGAAAUUUCCAAAAUCAAAGUGCAUACUAGUGUCAGCUGCCGCUUCUUCUUUGUCUUAUAAUCCUACUCCACUCUACAACAACAAAAAACCAACAACAUUUCAACCAGGAGCAAGAGCUGAUAGUAAUCGCUGGGCAGAAUGGUGUUCUUCUUGAGACGGGAAGUAAAUCUCCAUGUUCUUUGAUUGGCAAGUAGAGGCAUAAUUUUUAAAUUAUUAUUAGUUGCAGUUCUAUCCUGUCCUUCCAACAAAAAGCUCAGGCUGGUGUAAAAGGUUCUCCCUCCUCCAUUUUAUCCUCACAGCCAAACCUGUAGGUUGCACUGAGAGAUUAAUGCCCAGGGACACUAAGCGAGAUUCAUGGCGCUGGGACUUCUGGGGAGCUGGGCGGCGCCCUAUCCCUGCCGCCCCUACCAACUCUGUGACGGAGCCGGUGGUCGUGUGGGUGGCCGAUCCAGCCACCCAGGGCACGCUUCCUGCUCGUCUGCGGGGAGAGCAAGCUAAGCCCACUCUCCCCUCAGAACCCAGAAGAGAUUUCCUCUUUGUCCUUCUUACUAGUCCUUAUACUCUCAAAUCUGAGCUUUCCUGCUGUAAAUGUUACAGAACAUAAUCUCCUAUAGUUGUUUUUUUUAAAAAAAGGCCCAGGGAUUGUGCCUCCUACUUUUGUUCCAACUCUUCUGCAAGAUUUUUAUACUUUCCAGGUUUUCUUGUGCCAGUGAAUAUUCAGAUCACAGCCUGGAUGGCUUGAAGAAGGUUUAGAUAAAUUCAUGGAGGACAGGUCUACCAAUAGCUACUAGUCUGAGGGCUAUAGGCCACCUCCAGCCUAAGAGGCAAGAUGCCUCUAAAUGCCAGUUGCAGGGGAGCAACAGCAAGAGAGAGGGCAAGCCCUCAGCUCUUGCCCGCGCGCUUCCCAGAGACAUCUGGUGGACCAUUUUGUGAAACAGAAUGCUGGACUUGAUAGGCCUUGGGCCUGAUCUAGCAGGGCUGUUCUUAUGUUAACAUAAAAAUAUGAGGAGAUACAUCCCCUGCAUUCACUUCUCUACCAUAUGUCUGAAUAAUCCUUUAUUCUUCCCAUCCAAGUACUAAAGCAAACCCAGCACACCUUAUCAUCUAAGUCUGGACAAAACUGUAUGUGUGCAAGGUAGUAUAAUAUAAUGUAUGUUCUUGCCUUAUUCUAGCCAUAAAUAAAUUUGCCCAAUGAAGGAAAGUUUCACAGUGACAUGCAUUAAUCAGAUGCGUAAAAAUAUAGAUUUGCCUAUUGAUUCAACAUACUAGGCUGAAAAGGAGUCAGUGUUACAGCAUGAUUCUACACACAUUUACUCUGCUUUCAUGAAAAUGAAAUAAAUAAUAUUGCAUAAUGAAA